AUGCACCCACCUCUGACCCUCUCCAAACACCCUCUGUGUCGCCAAAACGUGCAAAACUUACAAAGCUGUCACACGACGAACCCGUGGUACGAAAAGUGGUUCCUCGGGAAAUGCAAUCGAGAAAAGUGGGAGCUGGACGAGUGCUUGAAACUGCAGAAGAUCUUUAAAGCGAAAAGGAAUAAAGAGAAAGGGGAGAAGUAUAAAGAACGAAGAAGAGAGAGGAGUGAGAGAGCGAUGGAGGAGGGAAAGAAGGAGGAAAUUCACGUGCUUGUUCUCGUGACGGGAUCGGUCGCGGCGAUGAAAUGGGUCGAACUUAUUCAUAAAAUAACGGACGAGUACUUCGACGAUGAAGCACAUAGAGAAACAACGAAGUUAUGUAUUCACUCGGUGGCGACGAACGCGGCGAAACCGUUCAUCGAGGCGACUGAGUUUGGCGGCGCGUUUCCCGCGGGCUCGCUCGUACCUACGAACGACGAGAACAAACGUUCUUUGGAUCAAUUGAGAAAGAAGAAGAACGAGAGAAACUAUUCCAAUGGCGGCGGCUUAUACGAUGAGGUGUUUGUCAAGUUGGGCCCGUUUACAGUUGACGGAUACCCGAAUUGCGUCGUGCAAAAUUACAACGACGCGUCCGAAUAUAAUCAAAGCGGAGGAUGGCAAAAACGAGGCGACGUGGUGACGCACAUCGAUUUACGAAACAAAGCAGAUAUUUGCGUCAUCGCGCCGUGCUCGGCAAACACGUUAGCAAAAAUAGCCAACGGAUUAUGCGACAAUCUCGCGACGUCGAUACUCCGCGCCUGGGAUUUUACCAAGCCGCUUCUCAUCGCGCCGGCGAUGAACACUUACAUGUGGCAAAACCCAAUCACGAAGAAACACAUCGACGCGAUUAAAGAAAAUCACGGCAAACAACCUUUCGGCGACGGCGUGCAAUUCUUAGACCCGAUCGAGAAAACGUUGAUGUGUGGGGAGAUGGGCGUAGGCGCCAUGCGCGAAACCGUCUCGAUUGCGAAAAACGUGAUACGGGUUUUGAACGACUAUCUUCAGAAGAAGAAGACCGAGAAGUAA